GAUGAGAAACAGAGAAUUGAGGAUCUUGGUGGCUGCAUUACUUUCAUGGGUUGCUGGCGUGUUAAUGGCACAUAUGCUGUAUCGAGAGCCAUAGGUAAGUCAGUCCCAACUCACAAAACCACAGGAAUGUAGAUGUGAUUUGACUGGCUGUAUCAUAUAGUAGUUCUCAAAGUGUGACCUUAAUUGACCUCUACUGCUACAUAAACUGAGGUUGCUCAUGUUAACUGAAAGUAAACUACAAACUUGGUUCCAAAAAAAGUUGAGACAGUGUGUAAAUUGUAAAUUAAAAGGGAAAUCUAAUGAUUUGCAAAUCUCAUGAACUCACAUUUGCAAUCAGUGCUUAGAUAUUUAAAAAAUAUACCAUUUUAUAUAUAAAAAAACCCCAACUCAUUUUAAAUUAUAUGAAAAGAUAAGCUUAUUUCAGUUUUAUUUCAACUGAAAUAGAAAUAAAAACGGAAAUGAAAACUGCUAUUUUAGUAUUAUUGAAAGUGUAUUCGUAAGUAUUUUUGAUAGUAAGGCUACAGCUAGAUUAAUGGAUAGAUACUUUAUUGAUCCCACAAAGGAAAUUUUUAUGUUGGUAAGCAAGUAUUCUGCUGAUCAUUCUUUUGAUUGAGACACAGGUCUUGAUGAAAUGCUCGCUGGUUUCAGUUUUAGAAAUUGCAAUGUUUUUAGUAGUUUACAAUAGUGCGAAAAUGUUUUUGCAAAGACAAUACAAUUAAACACAAAAUGCAGUUUCUAAAUGAAGGUGUUUACUAUUAAGGGGGAAAAAAUCCAAACCUACAUGGUCCUGUUUCUGUGUGAAAAAGUGAUUACCUCCCUAAGCCUAGUAACUAGUUGGGCUGCCCUAACUGGCAAUGAGUCUUUUACAGUUCUGUGGAGGAAUUUUGGCCCACUCAUCGUUUCAGAAAGGUUGUAAUUCAGACACAUUGGAGGAUUUUCAAACAUGAACCGCCUUUUUAAGGUGAUCCACUGGAUGCUCCUCAUUUGACUCAGCCCUGCUUGCCACAGGUAUCACUGUUCAAUAUUUAUAUAGCGCCAUACCACAACAGUUGUUUUAUAUUGGUGCUUUAUAUUGUAAUGAAAAGACUACAGUAAUAACUGACAAAUAAAGUAAGAUAGCUGCCAACAACUUUUAGCAAACAGAAGAAUUGAAAUAAUGGGUCACCUGGAGACAUACACGGUUUUUAUUUGCAUCACUUUAAAGGCUGCCUCUUGGUUCUUCACCAUGCGUAUAGACAAAACUAGACUGCAGCUCCAUGUUAAACUACUUGAAUGGUGACAACUAACCUUCACCUUACAUGCAACAUCUGUAAAAACAAAUGUUGUGUACAGUGCAUGUGUUGGUAGGGCUGUGCGAUAUGACCAAAAUCUCAUAUCCCGAUAUUAAAACAUCUAUCGUCGAUAUAACGAUAUAAAUUACAAAAAUGUAACAGUUCCUGUAAAUUCUGUGAAUG